AACAUGGCGAACACAGAACAAGAAAUGACAUCUGUUGAGGAUGUGGAGUGGCCUGACAGGUGGAAUCAUCUGUGCAAGUUCAUGGAGAGAACAGGCCCUUUCGCACAUCCUGACUUUGAGCCAAGCAAAGAGAUGCUCGACUUCAUCAAAAGUACCUGUAAAAUACUUGUGGUGGGAGCUGGUGGUCUUGGGUGUGAAUUACUCAAGGAUUUGGCUUUGAUGGGAUUCCAACUGAUCGACGUCAUAGACAUGGACACCAUCGAUGUCUCGAACCUGAACCGACAGUUCCUAUUCAGACAUUACGAUGUCGGUCAACCCAAGGCAAAAGUGGCGGCCAGAUUCGUCAACGAGAGAGUACCAGGAUGUAAAGUCACACCCCAUUUUUGCAAAAUUCAAGAUUAUGACGAAGAUUUCUAUAGAAAAUUUCACAUUGUUGUUUGUGGUUUGGAUUCCAUCGUAGCAAGGCGGUGGAUUAAUGGAAUGUUGUUAAGUCUUCUCAACUAUGAGGACAGCAUGGUGGACCAGACUACAAUCAUUCCUAUGGUAGACGGAGGGACCGAAGGAUUCAAGGGUAACGCCAGGGUCAUACUUCCAGGAUUAACAGCGUGUGUCGAGUGUACGCUUGACUUAUACCCACCACAGAUUAACUUUCCUAUGUGCACAAUAGCCAAUACGCCCCGACUUCCUGAGCAUUGUAUAGAAUAUGUUAGAAUACUUCAAUGGCCACAAGAAAAGCCCUUUGGAGCAAGUGUAGCCAUUGAUGGUGAUGACCCUAGUCAUAUACAAUGGAUAUUCGAGAAGUCUGUAGAACGAGCUAAUAAAUAUGGAAUAGUUGGCGUAAAUUAUAGACUAACUCAGGGUGUAGUUAAACGAAUUAUUCCGGCAGUUGCGUCGACCAAUGCAGUGAUAGCAGCUGCUUGUGCAACAGAGGUAUUCAAGAUUGCCACAAGCUGUUGUAUGCCACUUAACAAUUAUGUGAACUUCAAUGAUACAGAAGGAGUUUAUACCUAUACAUUUGAAGCAGAGAAAAAGGAUGAUUGUCUUGCCUGUAGUCAGAUCCCGCAGAAACUGCAGUUUUCAGAAGAAGCCAAACUACGGGAGGUAUUAGAUUAUUUAACAGAGAGUGCUGCCUAUAUGUUACGAUCUCCGGGAGUCACCACAAUGAUCAACGGGAAAAACAAGACCCUCUACAUGCAGACGGUCAAGUCCAUUGAGGAGAAAACGAAAGAAAACUUGUCCAAAACUCUUAAAGAACUCGGUUUAGAAGAUGGACAAGAAAUAUACGUAGCUGACUUAACCUCACCAAGUUCAUUGACAUUUCAACUACAGCUCACGAGCAAAAUGGAAAAAGAUUGAUAUUUGUGCUGAUGACGUCGGAUGGUUUUCUGCAAGAUAGACUGGGUCAAUUGAAUGGAUUUCCUUCCCAAAGGCCUGAAAGACAUUGACAUUUUGCAAGGGAUUCUGUCCAAAGAGACUGACAAGUCGACAGGUUUUGACAAUUUUACAACAAUCGGGGAUGUCAAAUUUCCAAUAUUAAGCAGAUUUAAAAAAUUUCGCUCCUGCUUUAUGCUGAAUCUUAUAGCUGGAAUGGAGAGCUAUCUGUCUCAACUCUCUGUGGAUCUUUCAAUUUUCAAAAUUGGACCAAAAAUAAGCAUUUUGGAGGCAUUUUUCAGCAAGUGAGUGUCGUAAAAGGACAAGAUUUUUUCACGGAAAAUGUUUCAGACUUUUUGCGUUAGUCCAUCAGAAUCCGAGAACAAACGUUUCCUAAAUGCUUGUAUCAGAUGUGAUGGGUAAAAAAAUUAUCUAAAUUUUUUUCGUAGCAUUUGUAAUGAGACCUGUGAUCUAUAGUCUGCGUGUUAAAAAUUCGUGUCACCUAAAAAGCUUACAUGCGUUAUCAUAAUUUAAAAUAUAUCCUUCACGUACUUACGAUGUUUCCUAGCAGUCUGAAGUAUAUUUUGUUGCUCUAUUAUUUAUAAAUAUUAUGACGUCUGCAUUAUAAUUGCCGCCUUUUAUAAAGCUUUAUACUGAUUUAACCUGUCUGGGCCACCUUGAUGUCCAGUGGAACCUCAAAUAGCAAACACCUCUGUCAGUAGGACACAAGUUUAUUGACAAGAGGUCAGCCGAGUACCUUUUGUCAGAUCUAUCUGAAAAAGACUUUAGCAAGGCCCUCAACAUGUUCAUUUUCCCACUGUGAGUUUCGACAUUUUGGUCUCAGUGAAAGUGGCGGGGAUCUCAGCUUGAAAGUUCAAUCAAAUUUAUGAAAUAAUGGAACCUUUCUAGAAUAGUUUUAAUGGAACAAAUGUGUGGAGGGGAUAAUAGUACGGGCUCCCUGAUUGACUGCAAUUGGCUGUGUGGGCUCUGAAGGGUUGAUGUGUUUAUGGGUAAUAGUACGGGCUCCCUGAUUGGCUGCAGUUGGCUGUGUGGGCUCUGAAGGGUUGAUGCGUUUAUGGAUAAUAGUACGGGCUCCCUGAUUGGCUGCAAUUGGCUGUGUGGGCUCCAAAGGGUUGAUGUGUUUAUUGAAAGCAAGGCUCAGCAGACAACCAGCACCUUUUAUGGUGUGUAUUGAAUAUCACAAAUUGAUCCAUUUGCUAGUGGGCCAUUGGCUGUUAAGACAAUAUUAUUCCAGGAAUGAGCUAGGCCCACAUGUAACCAUUUGUGACUCGCUUUACCAAAACUAGGCGCUUGUCGCAUCUGAACUUGACAGGUUGAUACGGACUUGUUGUUCAUUUCCCUAUUGUAGACCUUUUGUGAAAUCUAUUACAAACUGAUUUGGUCACAUUUCACAAAAGGUCUACAAUAGGGAAAUGAACAACAAGUCCGUAUCAACCUGUCAAGUUCAGAUGCGACAAGCGCCUAGUUUUGGUAGAGCGGGUCACACUUUGUUCAGAAUUCGUGAUGGUGAUAUUCAAGUCACUCCACAGGCACGUGAAAAUUAGAGCUCAAUUGCCCCCCCCCUCGACUGACAAACACCAUCCCUCUGACAACACUUGUUAAAGAAUGUUCUU